GGUCCCAAUCAUAUGCGUUAUAAUAUGUAUGCUUCUACGCAUACGGGAAUCGGGUACCAGGUCUCACAUGACAUUAAAAAGACGCCAUUUUCUUCUUCAUCGCUUGGGCACGCAGCGACGAAGUCGGACCGUCCUUCAAUUUCAGAUUGGGAAAAUCUUUGCUUAGAGGGAUUUGGAAAGGUGGUAACAGUCAUAAGUGACGACUGUUGCUUCAGAAUACUGAAAGUGAGCAAGAAGAGCCGGUUCCUGACAAGUACCUUCCGUCAUCUCUAGAAGUUGGAAGUCAAUACCUCCACUCAGCAGUGACCAGAUCGAACCAGUUUGAACCAGAUAGUGCCAGAACCAGAGCCAAGCCAACAAGAGAAAACAAGAUUUUCAGUCCGAGGAUAGGCCCACUCAGCAGUAACACCUGUUGCGUUGAAGCGGUCAUUGCGUGCACUGAGCGCAGUUUGUGAGCCAGCACCCACAGCCGUCGGAAUCUAGUGGUCUGCAGUGUGCAGUGCAGUGCGGCAGUUUAUACUGUGGCCAGCAGAACAGCCAGCAGGUGCUACCUGUGCAGCAAGCCAGCAGCAUUUGAGCCGCAGCAGGACGUAGCAAGCAGCUUUAAAGGGCAGCAGCAGCAGCAGCAGCCGUUGCGGCGAGUUCAGCUUAUAAAGAAGCACCGCUAAAGGUUAAGGUUACAUACAUUGAAAUAGCAUUGCUGAAGCUGCAUUCAUAAACUGUUCAAAACUUCCCAGCCGCUGUCCCUCCCGAAAGUGGGAUAAACUUGACGCUUUGCAGCUAGAUCUAAACACAAAAACUUAACUUUUCAUUUCAUUUUAAGCAGUUUGUCUUAGCCUUUCAGCCAACAUGUCUAAUGGAGAUAAAGAUUACAACGAUGAUGUCUGCCGAGAUUACACUCGUGGAGUUUGUAAUCGUGGCAGGAGCUGCAAAUACAAGCAUCCAGAGGAGCUAGAAGGUGUGGAGUCCAGGAGCGAUCAUAAGUAUGCCUUCUGCCAUGACUACCAGAAUAGAGAGUGUGUACGUGCCAAUUGCCGUUUCCUCCACUGCUCCCGUGCAGAGGAAGAUUACUACAAGGAGACGGGGAAGCUGCCACCGCAUCUGGAGGAAAAGGUAGCCAGGGGUUAUGGCAUCACAGGCGCCGAGUCUGGUGGGUUUGAUGAUGUCCCGAUCUGUCGGGAUUACCAGAAGGGUGAGUGUAACCGUGGUAGCAAGUGUAAGUUUCGUCAUAUGAGCCGAGGUGACAUGGAGUUUGAGGAACGACGGCGCAUGCGAUCCCGCUAUGCACCAAGUACAUACGGGGAUCGGGAGUAUGAUCGGGAGUAUGACCGCGUCCGCCGCCGUCCUCCCUUGGAAGACCGCUUUGGGUACCUUGAUUUUGAGGCGGGGCGAGGUUCUGGUGAUGACUUUGGUGCGAGGAUGGCAAUCCGUGACAGGGUGCGAAGUUCCAGUCGUGACACCAGGGAUCUGGAGGAUGAGAACCAGAUCCUUCUGCGCAAGGUUGAGUUGAUGCGUAAGCAGAUCUCUGACCUGACAGCCGCCAACGAGGUCCUCCUGGAGCAGAAUGCACGUCUGAGGGCCUCCAAGUCGGAGAACAACAAUGCGCUGAUGCAGGCGGAGACCCACCUUGUGAGGUCAACCACUGGGGUGCCACUUCUCUCUCAGGGCAGCGUAGCUGUCAUCCAGAAGAGUGCAGGCACACCAGGAGCUUCUGGUGUCACGGCUAUUAAUCUGAUUGGCCAGCAAGAAGCAGGUUUAGGUGACAGGUCUCAGGCUACUCUUAUAGCUUCUGAAAUGCAGACCAUCCCUGUUUCGGUCUCUCUGCAGCAGGAGUUCCAACCAGUGUCUCUAGCAUCUGUGAUGACGACUCAGCCUGCCAUGCCUAUGCAGAGCGUCCCAACCUCUAUCUUGACAUACCCCAUAGUGUCUCAUAACAUCCACACUGCAAUGGGUCGUUAGAUUGUGACCUGAAAUGAGCUUAUUAUCCCAAUCGGUGACCUCUAAAGUGCUGGAUGGCAGCUAGUUUCUUGGUCGUUUGUUUUCUUGCUACAUUUAGCUAAAUGUUUACUCAAAGACUAAGAAGUUUGCUGCCACAUCGCACCUUAGAGGUCCCCACUGGCAUGCCUGAUCCAAUGAAAGAACUUUUUUUUUCCAUUCAUAACUUGUGUCCUGAUUUAUAGCUAAAAUGUCUGUGCUUUACCUUUUUUUUUAAAGUACGUACAUGUAUACAAAAAAAAAGAUUUUGUGGGGUUUAGAAUAAUGCAGUUUUUAAAACUGUUGGCAAAAUUGUGAAGCUUCGCGUCUAUUUAGAAGUCCCGCCUUGCAAACCUACAUAUGACACAAGUGUAGAUUGGAAUUUUGAUUUUUUUUUUUCCCCACCUGAGAUUUCUGUGACUCCUUACAUGUACUUUUAUCUGUCUCACCUAAAUGAAAAAAAUUGGAGGCCUGAAUCGCUAUCCAGAAUUUAAAACGUGUGAUGGAAUCCAAACCUUUAACUGUUGCCAUGUGUUUUCUCUGUACAUUUGUACCAAAGACGGCCUUUUCUCUUGGUGACAAGGGUAAUGUGUAGGAUUUUUGUGAAAGGAGCCACUUUUGAUGUUUUCAAAGCUGCCAUUACUCGUGUAGACAUAAGGCGUCUGUUGUAUAUUAUCUGAGUAAGGCCAAGCAAAGUGCAUGCACAUAGCAUUCUACUGUACCUUCAUGCUGUGAUUUCUACUUGGAUGCUGGAAAAUGUCACUCCUUAAUCAAAUAAAGCAUUAUUGGCAUUUCAAAGCCAAUUCUGCUGCUCGUACAAGUCAAAGCGUCAGACUUUCUCGCUCUCUUUUUGGCUGUUUGCCUUUUUCUUUUACACCGCUGCUUCCAAGCAUAUAUUAUGUACAUGUUAUAAUUGUAAGAAAAACCAACUGGUAAAUUUUUACCUGUUUGAGAAAUACAUGUACAUGUACUUGAAAAUCUGUAUGUACAUUAUGGGUGCACUUGAAUCAUCCGAAGCCAGUUAAUUUAAGAUGUUAUCCUGCCAAAGGAAUAAUAGUGGAUUUUCAAAUGACGUUUGAUUCUAAUGAACUUGAAGGGUUGUGAUAUUACAAUGACUCUAAAAACAAUAGGCAAUGAAUUCGCCAUUUCCAAAGUUGCGCAUUUAAUUAACGGAAACUAAACUAAAAUGCUUAACUAGUUUACUGUGUGUUUCCCAAAAAACUUGUCGGCACAAGUUAAAAAUUUGUGAACACUACACCUAUUUUCAGAGACCGUCAAUUUACUUCAAACCACUUUGUAAAUUAAUUGUUUUGUUGUCAAUGUGCGUUUUGUGUAUUCGAGUAUUUAGCAGUGAUUGUAUUGUAGUAGACGAAGCCACAAUGUUUUGUAAUUAAUUUUAAGGUUGUUUCCUUUCAGUAGGCCUAGUAGAGGCAUUUUAAAGGGUUUUUUAAUUUUCUUUUUGAAGUGCCAGGUUCAUGCAAAUGAUAACCCAGUUAUAACUUUUUGAGAGGGAGAGCAAAUAAGGGGGGGGGGAGCAACGACAGCCCGAAAUCCCACACUUACCGUAAUUAUGGGUGCGCCACUGAUAGAGAUUUUGUUGUUGCUGAGAAGAGUUUGUAAUCGUGUUUAACCCUAACCUUCCCAAAUCCUGCAAAAUGGAGGAUUUUGCAGGAUUUUGCAGGAUUUUGGAAGAAUGCAUUGUGUCGGGGUCUUAGGACAGACCUUGUGUUGUUUAUGCUCAGCCGUGCUUAAAAGAAUUAGGCCUCGAUCUUAGUCUUGAAAUCCUCCGCACUGUUCCAGGAUGUCACUGGCUCUGCCUCAACAUAUUGACAGUGAUUUUUGCAGGAUUGAGGCAGUGGUCACCCCUCCAAGGACCACAUUCAAGAAAAAAACGGAAGAUUUUGUAGGAUUAAGGUUGCAUUCUAGCAGAAAUGCCAAGGGAGUUAAGGUUAAUGUAUGGUGUCUUUCAGUUGUUGCAAGUUGCUGUUGACGUCAUGUCAUCUUUGUUAAUACCUUAUGCGUUGUUUAUAGCAUUCAAACUGUAAGUAAACUGCAUGUACAUAUUUUUGAAUGAAAUUUGGGGUUUUUUUCUCUUGGCCAAUUUGUGGGAAUAGUGUAGUUACCAAUAUGAGAAAGCGAGAACCGUUUAUUUUGGUUGUUUCUGAUUGCGCAGACCUCGCAGUGUAUCGUAACCGUUGACUGCGUAAUGCUCCUGUUAAAACUUUAGCCAUAAUCUCGGAAAUGUCACUAAAUCAGUAAAUGCGAAACUUUUGUUGGCCACUCUUGUUGCAAGAUAAUGCGAAUGUUUAAAUAUGACUUUAGGCGCUGAGCCUACACAUGUCCAAAGAAAGUAGCCAUUAUAACGCAGUGACGAUGCCAUUAAAAAUGUAUAAUAUGCUGUCACGGUUAUUUUUUAUGGAAAACGUUUGUUGAUGAUGUAGAUAAAGACCAGGAUAAAGACGCGAAAAAGUUAGGUGAAACAAAUGACAUAACUGAAUUAACGCUGGUCAAGAACGAGAAUGUGUUAUAACUAUUGUUUUCAUGAGAAACAAAUCCAAUGUAGUUUUGAUUACGUCAUCGUUAAUGGCGUCAUUCGUGAAAAGUUUGGUUAGCUUCAAGUUUCUGGCAUUGCUAGAUUUUAUUGUUCGAACGCAUGCUUCUUGAAUAAAACACCACUUUUUCGUUGAGAUACUUACACGAA